AGUGACACAAAAGCAGUCCUCACCCCCCAAAACCAACCUCAGUACGGAGGUGGGGAAUGCGAUGAUGCAGGCGCACCUCCUGCUGGUGGGACCCGUCCCAAUCAACGGCUCCACCGGCACUGGGACUGGGUCUGGCUAUGGCUAUGGCUUCGGCUACUCCUCCGCCGUCGAUUCAACUAAUCCCACAACCCGACCCCGACGUCGCCGCACGCUGGUAGUCUCAUCGUCGGCGGCCGAAAUCAACGGCUCAGAAGACCACUACGCCGUGCUGGGGCUCUCACGGAACGCCACCUCCGCUCACGUCAAACGGGCUUAUCGCUUUCUCGCCCGUAAGUACCAUCCUGAUGUGAGCAAGGAUUCGCAAGCUGGUGAAGCGUUCAAGAGCAUCAAUCGUGCAUACGAAGUGCUAUCUAAUGAAGCAACAAGGACUCAGUAUGACCAAGAACUAAAAUUUCAAGAAGAUACUGGCAGGCCAUAUAGAGAGAAAUGGAAUCACAGCCCAGAAUAUGAAGACAGGGCAAGGAUUUAUAGGUGGGCUGAACUGAGGCGGAAAAUGCAAUAUGAGAGAUAUUGGGAACGGUAUAACGUCAAUGAGGAGUAUUCCUCCAGUGAUGAAGCAGAUGAGGUGGUUGAAGAAGGAAAUACAGAUGAGAGAGGCCCCUUCACCGAAGUGCUUAGAUCUGCCUUUCUAUCUUUAUUUUUAUUGCAGACUUUUGGAUCCAGAUUGUCUCUCACCUUUAGUAGCCUCAUGGCAUUGUUUGACAGGAAGUUGGAUGUGGGGUAUAAGAUUGGUUAUGUAAUUGCCUGGAUUUUGGGUGGGAGGGGUGGCGUUUUGCUGACUUUGUGCCUCUCAUUUGCAAGUUGGGUUUGUGGAAAAACCAGCAGCAGUGUGGUUGCUCUGGUGGUGGUAGCGAUGUGGGUAGGCUCCAAUCUUGCAAGGUAUGCACCACUUCCACAGGGUGCUCUUCUUACUCUUCUUUACAUGUCUAUGAAACUACAGGUUGAUUUAAACUAAAUCUGCGAUUGCUAUUUCA